AUGCCUUUCCUUAUCUUCCGACUAGUAAAAGCUUCCUUUUUUAAGAUCGCUUUAACGUGCGCGGGCGGCCCAGCAGUCCGGCUCCGCAACGCCGACAGGCCCGCGGCCCGCUUCAGCACUGCCGCAAGGCAGCGAUGGGUUCGGGCUGCAUCGCAGCUCCCAAGCAUUGGUAGAAAAUACCAAGCUAUUGGACUGCUGAGUGGAGAGCAGGGUAUUCUGGAAAUAACUGCUGUUGAUGUUGGAAUUGUUGCCAUCAAGGGCUUGUUCUCAGGCAGAUACCUGGCCAUGAACAAAAGGGGCAGACUUUAUGCAUCAGAAAAUUAUAAUGCAGAAUGUGAGUUCGUGGAAAGGAUCCAUGAGUUGGGUUAUAACACUUAUGCAUCCCGUUUGUACCGGACUGUGCCCAACGGAGCCAACACCAAACGCAAAGCCAGCGCGGAGAAACUCUGGUACGUCUCAGUCAAUGGGAAAGGACGACCCAGGUGGGGUUUUAAAACUCGCAGGACACAGAAGUCAUCUCUCUUUCUGCCCAGAGUAUUGGAUAACAAAGACCAUGAAAUGGUCCGACUUUUCCACACAAACGUGAAAUACCGAGAGGGUCUCCUGAAGCCUCCGAGCAAGAACCAGAGAAGAAGGAGAGGGCAUUAGGGGCAAUGAGGGAGCCGAUAUGGGGACCAGAAGUGAGUGAGGGUCUUCAGAGUACUUCUAAGAAAGACUAACAGUUGUGGUUGCCUGACAGGCAUAAACAUGGACUUUUUUUUAAUA